CAUAUCCCAUCACGUUCCUUCAGUAAACCCCUACCAUCAGAUUUUCAUUAAAAAUCCGACACCAAAAUUUGAGCUUCAUCAAACGCUCCAGAAGCCAUACACGUCAAACUCUAUAAGCAGCACAUCGCCCCUAUCCAAUGAGGACCAGGAGCCCUUAUCCUGCGCCCACUCCAUUAUUCACAAACACUCUCCUCUCUUAUCUAUCACACUCCGACAAAAAAAAAAAGUCACCGUCAUGGCCGCCGAGUUACGGCCGCCGGAACAGCCCAUCGACACUAUCUCCACCACGCCUGCCACUGCAACUACAGCGGUUGCACCACCUGCCGAAAUCGAGAAAGCCGCCCCACCGCCACCUCCAGCCCCGAAACGGCAACGCCGGCCCAGCGUCCGUCUCGGUGAGAUCGGCGAACAAGCGACCACUUUCUCAUAUGAUACGCACGUUCGCCGCACCAAGCACCCCUGGCGAAUCCCUAAAGACUCUUCUAAGUCCGUCAAGGCCCGGUCUUUAACCAACCUCGUUAACGGCAAUGAUAGCUAUGAAAUCCAAGAAACAGAGGGAAAUGCCCAAAACGGUGAAGUAAAUCUUGACUUCGGGCACCGUAAGAAAGCAAAGAGAGCGACGACGAAGAGAGUGAGAUCGAAUUGGACAUCCAACGUCGAGGGAGGAGGAGCUGAGGGAGAUAGUCGAGAAGAUGGGGAUGAAGGGUUUAGGGAUUUUGAUCAGGACUCGGAUAGUCUGUUAAAGGAGCAGAGCCCGGUUCAUUCUGUGGACAACGUUGUGCUUGAUAUGUGGCACGGCCACCGGAGAACGGGCACAGGUCGGCCUAGGGUUUCAGAGAGUAGGGAAAACGAUGCAAUGGAAAUGGAAAAUCACCCGGAAUCGGAUUCCAGGGACCGAAAUUGCGGCACGAGCGAAGGAGUGAGGACUUGGUUAAUUGAAUUGGGAUUGAGCCGAUAUGCUCCAGUUUUCGAGGUACACGAAGUGGAUGAUGAGAUAUUGCCAUUACUAACCUUGGAGGAUCUUAAAGAUAUGGGUAUAAAUGCUGUGGGUUCCAGGCGGAAACUGUACUCUGCGAUUCAGAAGCUUCGCAAGGGGUUUUCGUGAGUUUCUUUUUUUUGUUCAAUUUUUUUUUAUAUAAAAUGUGUAAGUUUAUUGCUCAUACAAGGGGGGAAACCGGUUAUGGAUGAAUUUGAUCUUUCUAACCAAUAAUGGCAAUAUAGUUUUGUA